UAAUAAUGAUGUUAUGUCUGGUUCUUGGUUGCCUUGGAGUCAGAAAAAUGGCGGCCAAAAAAGAAAAAAAGUCAACUUUAAAGGCAAAAAUAACCUUAAUAGAACCGAAAUAAACCUUUAUCCAAGCCACAUAAGAUGUUUUCUUUAACAGAGGUCGGAGGAAAUUCAUCAGAAGUUGGAGAAAUUCUCGUGAAGGUGCAAGAUGAUUUGCGUCAUCUUAAAGAACAGCUUAAAAUCGGCACCACCCAAAUAAUAGACAUCCAAUCACUGGAAAGUGCAAUAGAGAGAACGGAACAAAGUGUUCGGGAAAAAGCAGAACAAGUGAUUCAAGCAUCCAACAACAAAGUCCUUACCCUACCGCUACUUGAUCAACCAGGUGCUAGAAAAAAAACUGACUCCAAUAGUGACAAAGCUUCCAACUCUUCAAGAAGUAAAUCUGCUAAGGAACUAAGUUACAGAGGUCUUUUAGAACCACUUGCUAUUGCUAAAGAAGGAAACAGACCAGGUCCAAAUGCUCCAGCUCCUGGACAACAGGCAAGGAACCUGAGAAACCUACAAGUAAUCAGUAACCCUGCUAAUCCAACAGCUCGUGAACUGUUAAGUGAACGAUAUGGGGUGGCUCUACCCAAUCUUGGAAGUAAAAGAGACCAACCAAAAGAGGUCCCAGGUAAGAUAGUCACAGGACCAACUGCAGACCACCUUAACACCUUACCGAAGGCCAAUAGAGUUGAUGCCUCGCGCACACCACCUCCCAUAUCUGAAGAAGAUGCAAAGAAGGGCAUAUUGAGUCUCAUAGAACGAGGGCUUAUCCCGCCUGCUGCAGAACUAACCCUGAAGCCAUCUCCUGUACGUCAUUACCAGGCUCAGCUUCAUGAACUCAACAGCCAAACCAAGGUCCGUGCAYCUCCCCCACUCGAUGUUGUAGGAGUUGGAGGCUACAAUUUAGCAGAUGUUAAGAUGGAUCCAGCUUCCAUAAAAAUAGCCAAAGAGACUUCACUGGCAGAGAAACAAAAACGAGCAAGGUCUGCCACACAACCGCCUUCAAGUGCUAUUAGUGAAGGCUGGACAGAUGGAUAUAGAAGAAGACCCUUACCACUCAAAGCUAUUGAAGGUCCAGACCAGGAGAUGCAAGGGCCUAUCCCUAGCCCUGUCAGUGACUUAAAAACUGUGCACAAAUUUGUCAUACAAAACGGGAAAACACGAGUUACAUCUGAGGAUUAUCUUGAUUUUAAACAGCACUAUUGUCUUUCAUGGGGAAGUAUUCUCACCUUAAUAAUCAAGCUUGAAGAACUAAUGACCAACUACAGUGUACCCAUCGCAUUCAUCGAUGGUGAUCGGCUUGCGGACCUUGCGCUGGUCUUUGAAUUGGAGCAACAACCCUCUUUAGAGCAUUUCUUGACAUGUAUAUUAAACGGUGAUGAUGUUGAAAAGAUAAUCAAAACACCGGGAAGGAGAUACCUCGGUCCAAGAGGAAGAGAAAUGGCGGCUAUCAAGAUCCAGUCCUCAUGGCGGAGGUAUAAAGACAGGACUGCAUAUCUUCUCUAUCGAAAACAGAAAUGGGCUGCAGGUGUUAUCGCCAUAUCAUGGAUAAUGAACUGUAAACUGUCAAUGAUUCGUAAACAACUGAAGGAGACCAGAAGAAAUCAACUGGAAAGAUUUAAGUUAAGAAACAAGAAAUUCGCAGAUGAUUGGAGUCGUAUUAAGCAGUCUAGACGAGUUAUAAUUCAUAUUCCUUCAAUGGGUUAUGCACAGCAUAUACGGGAUGGUCUCAGUGAUAUAAACAUUUUACAGAACUUACAGAUGGCAAGAUUGUGUGACAUAGCAGAUCCUAAGGUCGAGGUUAUCUAUAUCUGUCCAGUAGAAAUCAAUGAAGAAGUCUACCAAUAUUACUCGAAGUUACUGGCCAUGAAGGCAAGGCCACUGAGUAGUACACACAAACCCAGUGAAGAAGUAGAUGAUAUCGAGAAUCGAUACAAGAUCAUAGUACCAGAUGCUGUACAUAGCUUCCCAACCCACAAUCUUUGUUUGUCGUCCAUUCUGAUGUACAGCCCUCGAACCAUCAAAAGAAUCAAGAAUCUUAUUAAGGGUCGUGAUGCAUAUAUCGUACCUGGUAUCCUACAUAAAGAUGACAUCUACAUUGCUGAUCUGUUCGACAUACCCAUCAUGAGUCCUGAACCAGAAGUCGCUCAACUCUACUCAACCAAAUCAGGUUCCAAGAGGAUUUUCUUGAGCGCCAAAGUUGGGAUUCCUCCAGGACAGUUCGAUGUUUAUAGUCUACCACAGCUUCACGAAAGCUUGGCGCAGUUAGUGACCGAAAACCUGCAUGUCAAGCGAUGGCUGUUUAAGAUGGAUAACGAGUUUGAUGGCAGAGGAACAGCUUACUGUGACGUGACGCCCCAUCUAAAGUGCUACCCAUGGGCUUUAAAACAAUGUCAACGAUAUGGCGAGAAGUGGACCAAGAAAUGGGCCCAUGAACCAACGCUGAUCAAAGUAUCAGGGGAGAUACCCGAUAUCUUGACUUACCACGCCCACCCUGUCAAUAAAGAACUCUAUCCCACAUUUGAUGGCUUCUUGAGAGACUUCUUGAAACGAGGUGGUGUAAUAGAGGCUUGUCCACCGUCAGACAGUGUUACAGCUCUAAGUGUAGACGUGCUCAUUGAACCGAAUGGAAACACCUCUAUCUUGUCUAUGGGGGACCAGAUCCACUCGGCUUCUCCCUUCAUGUGUUGGGGAUAUUCUGUACCACAAGCUUCUGUUGAUCCAACUCAACUGUGUACGGCUACUGAGAAUAUCGCCUUGGCAUGUAAACUUCGUGGAGUCAUUGGACACUUCACUGUUGACUUCGUAACAUUUAUUGAUCCCAUUACGAUGCAACAGGCAUUAUGGGCAGUGGAUCUUAAACUACAGUACAGUGACAGUAUGGCUAUGACAAACAUGACUUUAUACGUGAGURGAGGAACGAUAUACUCAGACAGAUCUGCAUUCGAGGUACCUGUUAAGAGAAAACGCGAAGAGAGUGGAAGAAGACGGCGACGAAGAGUACACGAAGAAGAGGAACCGCCUCCAAAUCCAAAUCGAUACGCUAUCUUGAGCACUCAGCUACGGCACAGUAACCUAAGCGUCAUCCAUUACAGUGUCUUCUUUCAAAUGUGUCGCGCUCAUGGUAUUGGUUAUGACAUGAAGGAAAGGGCAGGAACAAUAUUCACCUUGGUGGAUAGCUCCAAGAGAGACCAUCUCGGAAUGCUCGUAAUGAGCGAUGAUCUACAGGGUUCUUUAUCAACAUUCGCUCGUAACCUCUCCGUUAUCCACCAAGAAAUCUCCGCUCCAAACAUGCAAGGAGAAAGUAACUUUCAGGCUGCAAUAGAUGACAUCGAUAACAUACUUGGCACUACGGAGGAAAAUACUCAAAACCCUCCACCAUCACGAUCGCCUCAGCUGCAGGCGCCGAGGCCCAAAGAAAUGCAGCGAAUCUUGCAAGAGCACCAACAAGAAAUGCACGCAGUGGAGAAAGAUAAGCAAGAUAUGCAGGAACAAAAGGAAAAACAGCGCCAACUGGACGAAGAAAGACAGAAAACAGCGGAAGUUGAACGCUCAAAGACGGUGCAAAGUAGCGCCCCACCCCCAUCCCCUGCGCACGAAUUAACACCAGCAGGAUCCGUGGUCGACAGUCCCAUACCACCUGAGGUUAAAAAGACUGCUAAGGACAAAACAGUUGGAGAAAACGAAAAGGACCUUAAAUCCCAGCAUUCUGAUAAUAAUUCAAAGCUAGCGCUCCAAGAAGAAGUGGAGACGAAAGAAGAAGUUACAACGGAAUUGAAUGAGGGAGUAAAUAAGGAAACAGGAGAAAAAGGAAAAAAAGGAAAGGAAGAAGCGGAAGAAGACGCGGGAAAAGACGCAAAGGAAGGGAUGACAGAAGAGACAACAGAAGAAACGAAAGACGAAAUAGAAAUAAAACCAGAAACGACAAAGGAAAUGAAGGAAGAAAUAAAAGAACAAACAAAUAAAGAUUACAUUGAAAUCUCAAAAGAAAACCCGGAAGACGAUCAAACACAGUCAACUUGACUCGAACUCCAUUAGAAAUAUUUUUAGUAAAAUAAUGUGAACUGUCAUCUCAUUUUAACCAUUAUUACGGUGUUGUAUUGAUUAAUAAGAAUUAUUAUUAUAACUAUUAAUACUAUCGAGAUUUGUAAUGUUUUUGCAUUGAAGAAUGUAUAAAAGAGUGCAACRAGAAACCCAUGUACAAAGUUUAUAAAUAAAUACUACAAACUCC